CACAAGAGAAACUUAUGGAAGAAUGAAGGAGAUGGUGGGUGGUUGCUGCGUCUGUUCUGAUGAGCGGGGCUGGGCAGAGAACCCCCUGGUGUACUGUGAUGGACAUGGCUGUAACGUGGCGGUGCAUCAAGCAUGCUAUGGAAUUGUUCAGGUUCCCACUGGACCAUGGUUCUGCCGAAAAUGUGAAUCCCAAGAAAGAGCCGCCAGGGUGAGGUGUGAGCUGUGUCCUCAUAAAGAUGGAGCACUGAAGCGGACUGAUAAUGGAGGCUGGGCCCAUGUCGUCUGCGCUCUGUACAUCCCUGAGGUGCAGUUCGCUAAUGUUCUCACCAUGGAGCCAAUCGUCCUCCAGUAUGUGCCCCACGACCGGUUCAAUAAGACUUGUUAUAUCUGUGAAGAGCAGGGCAGGGAGAGCAAAGCGGCCUCUGGAGCCUGCAUGACUUGCAACCGUCACGGCUGUCGGCAAGCCUUCCACGUCACCUGUGCUCAGAUGGCUGGGCUCUUGUGUGAAGAAGAAGUCUUAGAAGUCGACAACGUGAAAUACUGUGGCUACUGCAAGUACCACUUCAAUAAAAUGAAGACAUCACGCCAUUCCGGAGGUGGUUCUUUCAUUACGGGAAGGAGGAGCCGGUCAACUUCACCAGCUCAAGAGAAGCAUGUGUCUCACCAUGAGAAACCAAAGAAGAGUCGGAAGGACAAGGAAAGGCCUAAACAGAAGCACAAGAAGCAUUCGGAAUCACCCACCAAUCUCACACUGUCCUCCACAACCAUUGUCACCGAGAAGCCGAGUUCCACCAACCACCACGAGAGCACUAAAGAAAUCUCGGAGGUCAUCAGGUCAGAGGUGAAAGGCAAGAAGUCUUCAAGCCAUGGCACAAGCCACAAGGCCAAGAAGUCCGGAAGUGGGAAAAGCUCAACGGGUUUUGGCUCAUCCUCUUCCAGUGGGGCAUUUCCACCUCCAGGUACCUCAUGCAGCUCCUUGCCCUUCUCCCAGGACUUUGUAACCUUCCCGAAGCUUGAGCAGCCGCCACCCGAAGAAGAGAAAUACCGCAAGCCCGUCUCGUCGUCCUCCUCCUCCGCGCACUGCUCCCCGCUGUACGAAGGGCAGAAGGGGGACGUCUUUGAGCAGAAGGUGAUCUUCUCAGGCUUCGGCUCCAUCAUGCGCUUCUCCACCUCGGCCGUCAGCCAGCAGAGAGGCCGCGACGCUUCCCCCGUGGACUACAAGGCCUCAAACACAGGUGGUGGCCCUCCAGCAGGAAGCGCUGGCAGUGGCGGAAGCAGCCACAAGCGAGUGCCGUCCCUCGCCGGGGAGGAGGGAGAGGUCCUGAAGGAAAAAAAGCACAAGACCAGCAAGAAAAGCAAACACGGACCAGGGAGGCCCAAAGGUAGCAAGAACAAGGAAGUCCUAGGAGCCCAGCUGGUUGGGUCCACGGCUACCUCCUCUUCACCCUUCUCUGGCGGGUCCCUGGUCAGCUCCAGCAUUGGCGGAUCCUCGCGGAAUUUCAGCCAUGCCGCAACCCUUCCAAGCCUCAGUCUGGAAUCCCCGCUCCUGGGAUCAGGGAUUUAUACAAGCAACAAGGACCCCAUUUCGCACGGGGGUGGGGUGCUCAGGACAGUGUGCAGCACUCCCCUCUCCUCCAGCCUUCUGGCUCACCAAGGCACUUCAUCGCUCCCCCAGCUCACCCGCUCUCCCUUUGCUAGCACCAUCCCAACUUCCUCCUCUUCUUCCGUCUCCACUACCCAGGUGUUCUCUCUGGCAGGACCUACAUUCAGUCUCCCUUCCUCACACAUUUUUGGAAGCCCUCUCACCUCUGGACUGUCAAUCAACCCCCUGCUGAACCAAUCAGAAACCAACCGGACAGAACCAGAUUUGGAAGACUGCAAUUUUGCCUGCAGAGGCACCUCACCCCAAGAAAGUCUCUCUUCCAUGUCCCCCAUCAGCAGCCUCCCCACCCUCUUUGACCAGACCGUAUCAACUAGCAGCGGGCAGCUGGAAAAUGUCCCCCAGGCCACCCCGAACAUCGAGCAGCUCCUGGAGAAACAGGGCAACGGGGAGGCCGGCGUCAACAUUGUAGAAAUGCUCAAGGCGCUUCAUUCGCUGCAGAAAGAGAAUCAGCGUCUCCAGGAGCAGAUCAUGACGUUGGCCGCUAAAAAGGAACGCUUGCAGCUUCUGAAUGUCCAGCUCUCUGUCCCUUUCCCAGUGGUGACCACCAGCAAUGGGCCCUCGGGCCAGGCCCAGUACAUCCUAGCUCCCAAUGUGUGCCACAGCGACUCUCUGAGUAUCAGCAAGAGCCCACCCUGCAAGAACAGCUUUGGCAUCGAGAACUCGCUCUCCACGUCCUCCGAGGAUCCUCACUCGGGCUGCCCAAGCAGGAGCAGCUCUUCCCUCUCCUUCCACAGCACUCCUCCCCCGCUGCCCUUGUUGCAACAGAGCCCUGCCUCCCUCCCACUAACAACUGGGCUCCAGCAGCAGCCGCCAGUAAACGGCUUGGCCAGGGCAAUGGGGACGGUCCACGGAGGAGGCGGCCCGGCCAAUCACAGCUUGGUGGAGGGUCUCCUCGGGAGCUUGGCAGGAGGCCAGCAAGUCCCCAUCAACGGCAUGCUCGGAGGGCUGAACGGAGCAGUGGCCACCCAGGCUCAGAACCCCCUCUUGGCGCAAGGCAGCGCUCCCCAGAACCUGCAGCUCUCCACCAGCCAAAGCAGCCUGCCUGGCAUGAAUCCCCUGACGGAGCAGCAAAGGCAGCUCCUCAGCCAGCACGAAUUCCAGCUCCAGCAACUGCAGCAGCUCCUGACGUCGCAGCCGCUCAGCCCGGAGCAGCAGACAUUAGUGUUCCAGAUGAUUCAACAGAUUCAGCAGAAACGGGAUCUGCAGCGGCUCCAGAUGACCGGCUCCUCCCAGCUGUCCAUGACCGGCCUUGGGCCGGCUACCUCCUCUUCCCUCCUCCAGUCCAGCAGCGCUGCCCCUUCUGCCACCAACAGCACCCUCCUGGCCUCUAUCUCCCCUCAGCAGCUUAAUCCAGCCAGCUCCUUAAUGGCUUCCCCACCGCUCAGCACCCCUGGGAACAGCCUGAUGUCAGCCACAGCUGGGGCAACUAUCCCGCCUGUCCUCACCGCACAAACAAACCCUUUCCUCAGCCUGCAGGGUGACGGCGGCAGCCAGAAAGGAAUGAGCAUGAAUGAAAAGGGAGGAGCCCCAGUUCAGGACAAGGGCUAACGGCGAUGCCAGGCUGCCAUAGGAAAACGUUCUCUCCCUGAGCCAAGGAUCCCGUCACGUAGAGCAUCCACACGCGGGGCUUCCCGGGAAGUCAUCCUUGCCGCGGGCAGGGCAGCACCAAGCAGAGGUGCGCCAGGAGUCUACGUUCCUUGGUUCUGAACCUGUUGUCCCUUCCAAAGGAGGCGGGUGGAGCAAAAAAACCCUUCUCCCACCCCCACCCAAUUUUGCUGGCUUUGUCUACUACGCCGCACUUAUUUCAUGAGAAGUUGCACUUCAGGGGGAAAGGGGGAAGCAGUCUGCGGAUCGGAUACCUAAGGAUGCCCCUUCACAGGUGGGAUCUACAAGCCAGGCUAUGGCCGCAUCACCCUGGCGGUAAUGUUACCUUUGCAGAGCAGGACGUUUCCAAACCAGGGCUAAGAAAUCCAUCGAGCUGUUGAGCAGCAGGAAGAUCCAGCCGCAGCAAAAGGGGAUGAGAUGGAGCAUUUGAGGUCUCCAAUGCGUAUGAGGGGGAGAACGGAGUCGGAGACCCCGCGUACGCACGUACAUGAACGCUGCACCAAAAGUUUCACUCUCAUGAGGUCUGCAGAUGAGCAUAUAGAUGUGGCUUUCCUGACUCCUGCGUAAGGGUGGUUCUGUUGGGGAAAGAAGCCAAGCUCAGUGUGGCCAGGAACAGCCACCUUGGCUCUCCCAAAUCCUAAAGACUGACCUGAAAGAAACAGCCCCUGGCUUCCACGUUUGGACAAGACUCUUCUCUUCCUCGCCUUCAGGAGCCUUCGUGAGCAGCCUACGGUUUAAGAAGGCCAUUACAAAGGGUGCUUCCAGCUGGCCAGCUCCUUGCACUACCAAUCGAAAAUCAUUGGGCAGCUAUUCCGCCUUUCUCUCCUCAAUGGAUUUUUUUUUCAAUGAGAAAAAAGGCGAAAGAAUUGGAGGGAAAACACAGGAAGGCCACGAGGGGGAGACAGUGGCAUCUGGACCCUCCUGUAAAACUCUGUGAACAAGGUAGGGCGAUUGCACAAUAAAAGCCUCAUCUGGAAGCACUCAAAUAACUGAUGCUUCCCUACCCUGUCAGGCCAGCCGCUCAAAAGCCAACACCAAAGAGGCAGGAUGGAGACUGUGUGAAAGGGCAGGAGCUGCUCCUUCCAUCUCCAAAGCAGCUCCGUUCUGGUCAAGGACAUCUUCCACCCCUAUCGAUGGAUCUAGGCUAAAUCAGAUCCUAGCUGAGGAGAACAUUGAUCUUCACGCCAGUGAAAGCCUUCUUUUCUCUUUCCGUCUCUUUUUGUAACGACAUGCCUCAAGAAAGGCACCAGCACCCUAUUUCCCUUCCAGCAGGUUUGGGGUUUUUUUUUUUGGAAGGAUAUUGUGAUGAAGGGAAAGGGGAAUCAAGGUCAGAUGCUCUGAGGAAACCCCCAGCCCUGUCUUUGCUGGAUAAAUCCAGAUCUCUUAAGGGGCAAGACUCCGGGGGACCGAAACACCUAGGGACUUUAAAAGUUUUCACGCCUCCCUAGAUAUACAGUCAUUUCAGGCACAUCUCCGCCACCUCUUCCAAUUUGCACUAUUUUCAAACAUUGGUGGUGAACAUGUGUUAAUGACCCCAGGAUUGACCACUGCUGUUCAAAAUCAUCUUCCCCCCCCCUCCCCUGUGUGUAUUUUCAUUUUGGGUUUUUUUCCUUCUUUUUUGGAAAACAAAAGAUAAAUACCUGCCACGUGGAUGAGCUGGGCACUUAAGAAAAGAAGGAAAGCAAAUAGAAGCAACUUUUCAGGACUUCA